CCGCGGGGGACGCUCGCUGCGGGCCCGGCGGAGGGACUAUGGGCAACGGGAUGUGCUCGCGAAAGCAGAAGCGGGUUUUCCAGAGCCUGCUGCUGCUGAGCGUGGUGUUCGGCUUCAUCUACGGGGCGAUGCUGUACUACGAGCUGCAGAGCCAGCUGCGCCGGGCCGAGGCGAUGGCGCUCAAGUACCAGCAGCACCAGGAGUCGCUCUCAGCCCAGCUGCAAGUUGUAUAUGAGCACAGAUCAAGAUUAGAGAAGUCUUUACAAAAGGAAAGGUUUGAGCAUAAGAAAGCAAAAGAAGACUUCCUUGUUUAUAAAUUAGAGGCACAGGAAACACUAAAUAAAGGAAGGCAAGAUUCAAAUAGCAGGUACAGUGCAUUGAAUGUACAGCACCAAAUGCUGAAGAGUCAACAUGAAGAACUAAAGAAACAGCAUACUGAUCUUGAGGAUGAACACCGAAAACAAGGAGAAGAUUUUAGCAGAACGUUCAACGAUCACAAGCAGAGAUAUUUGCAAUUGCAGCAAGAAAAGGAGCAGGAGCUCUCCAAACUGAAGGAAUCUCUGUAUAAUUUGCGAGAAGAGAAUAGACAGUUGAGAAAAGCACAUCAAGAUAUCCAUACUCAGCUACAAGAUGUCAAGCAGCAGCAUAAGAAUUUACUCUCCCAACACGACCAGCUUGUAGUGACACUGGAAGACCACAAGAGUGCACUAGCUGCUGCACAGUCCCAGGUAGAAGAAUAUAAACAGCUGAAGGAUACGCUCAACAAAAUGCCAAGCUUUCGACAGCCUGAACGUUUAGAGCAACCAAAUGUGCAACUGAGGGCAGCAAUGACACCAGUUCCUUAUAGUCACCUGCCAGCACAUCAGGAGAAUGAAGCUGGAGAACACAAGCAGGCUCCUGAGACUGAGGAUAAGCCACAAGAAAGGGAAGAAAUAAAUAUUCAGGGAAGGGAAGGUAGACUUGGAUCAUUUCAUUUGGACAGAAGGGGAAAUGGUGGUCACUCUCCAAAAGAACUAAAUAUUCAGGAGCAACAAGAAGCAGGAGAAGAUGAAGUGCAACAUGUGGACCAAGUGGAAGAAGAGCGUAAAAAAGAACUUGAAGAGGAGGAGAUGGAGCAGGCAGGGCAACCUGAACACUUGGUGGAGGAACAGGAUCAAACACCUGAUGAACAUGAAUGGAAAGCGCAGGAACAAAAAGAAGAAGAAACCAACAUGCUGGGUGACCACACUCUUUCAGAGGAAACUCCAACAAAAACUAUCACUAAAAGUUACAAACCAGCCUAUGAAGAACAGUUGGAACAGCAGCGCCUGGCAGCCCAAAGAGCCGAGGAAGCCAAUCGGCUAAGAGAACAUCAGGAAUCCCUACGUCAGCAGAGACUGCAAGGACAACUAUUACGGCAGCAACAGCUUCAAGAAAGAGAGCUCAUGCUACAGAGACAGAUUGAACAAGGAGAGGAACAGUAUAAAAACCAGCAGAGCCAACGAGCUCAUUAUGACAACAUGGACCAUGAUAUUGUACAAGGAGAAGAGGAGCAUGGUAUCCAGGAGGAGGAGGGAGCAUAUGAAAGGGACACUCAGCACCAGGAUGAAGCUGAAGAUGAUGAUCAGAAUAACGAACAGGAACAACAAGAACCAGAUCAUCAAGCAGAAAACCAGGAGGCCAAUGAACCAAAGGUAGCUGUUGAAGAUGUGAACCCAGCUGAUGAUCCUAACAAUCAAGGAGAAGAUGAAUUUGAGGAAGCUGAACAAGAGAGAGAAGAGAAUAUGCCAGAUGGGAAUGAGCAGCAUAAACAAAAUGAUCAAAAACAGGGCCAUCCAGAAAUGGAGGACCAUUUAGUGAUGGCAGGAAACCCUGACCAGCAAGAAGAUAAUGUAGAUGAACAGUACCAGGAAGAGGGAGAAGAGGAGGUCCAGGAAGACUUAACCGAAGAAAAGAAAAGGGAACUGGAACACAAUGGUGAAGAGCCAUAUGGUGAAAAUGAUGAAAAUGCUGAUGAAAAAACCAAUGAUGGUGCAGAUCAAGAACCAGAAGUGCAAGAUGAGAACCACCAAAAAGAAGGCCAUGAAGUAAAUUAUGAGGAAGAGGAGGAGGAAGAAGGUGGUGCUAUUGUAGCAAAAGCCCGCAGACGAGGGGAGAUGUAAUCCUUCACUGAAAACAAGAUUCCCUCUUGAAUUGAACUUUUUUUUUAGAGUAUUUAAUUACAGAAAUUUAAAGUUUUGCCUUUUAUGCUUUUUACUUUUUUUAUUAGAUGCUCUCAUACAUUUAUAUGAAUACACUAUUUUGAUAUUCUAGAUUAGCAUUUUUUGUACUAAAGCUAUACACAAAGAACAAAUACAAUAGGAUAGAUCUCAUUUUUCAUAAACCUGGAGAUGUUUAAAAAAACAAUUUUGCUAUAAAAUGUAAAUUUUCAUAUUGUCCAAAUGUUGCAACUUCAGGAUGCAUUGUAACAUAAGAGAGACAUCUAGUGCCUGAAACUGCUCAGCCUGAGUCACUGAAAUUUUGCCUUUAACUACAAUACUUGCCAGGCAAGGGCUAGCCGAAUUAUGUACCCAAGUCGCAGUCCUGCAGUGAUUUAUAGGGUUUUAACUUUAAGCGCUCAAGUAGUUUCUUUAGAGAUUACUUGCAUACCUAAAGGUAAUCACCAGUACAAGCGUUUGCAGGAACAGGCCUUACUUUUGUAGACACGUUACAAUUUAAAACAUGCAAGCUGCAAAAGCUUUAGAAAUAGAGCCAGGUUAACAACUGUUAAUCUUAACAGUUGCUUAUAUACUGUUGUAUUAAACGAUGUUAUACUGCUCAUAACUAGGUGCUUCAGUUGCAAUCUGCUUCAGCAGAUAAUGAGAAAGAUAGCUUACUGGUAAAUGUAAAUUAUCAGUACAGGACAUAGAAAACUCCUCACACAAUUGGCAUGCAAUGAAAAGUCCAAUCAUUUCAACUCCUAUUUAACACUACAUUCUGUACAGGAACACUGAAGGUUUACAAGAGGAGGAGUUUGGUGUACAAAAUACUUUAUAUAAAAAAAUAUUAACGAUCACUUGUUGAAUAAGCUUAUGGAAUUUAAAUGAGUGAAUUUGACUGGUGCAGGGCAUCAUCUCUGAGUUUAACUUCCAGAUUUUUGGAGGUAUUUCUGUAUUCAUUGUUGUACUUGAUGGUGAAAAAGUAAACCAGAGACAAACUUUCUUGUAAGCACGCACUGCAACAUCUCUUGUUUCCCUCUUAGCACUGCAUGUCAAAAUGCUAACCAUACUAGCCUUUGGUAGGCUGGUAAUAAGGAUGCCAAGUUCUAUAAUGAACAUAAUCAAGAUGCAUGAAAAUAUGCAGUAAUGUGAUACACCUUGGCUAUUUAAUUUACUUUAAAGAAGUUAGGCCAAAGGACAAUAUAUAAUCAUCCAUGGUACUCUUGAAUUAAUGCUGGAGAAUGGGGAUCUGGAUUUCCUGGGAGAAUUCCAUUGCUGGAGGUGAGGCAUACCAUAGCUGCCCAUGAAGGUGUUAAUAUAUUGUAGAGUUCCCUUUCCCACUUAAUUUUUUUUAAAUGAUACAUAUUUUUUUUUAGUUUAACUUUUUGAUAUGAAUGUAAUUUAAUUCAUUUUCUACUAACUCUGUUAUACUUUGUUUUAUAGUUCAUCUUAAUUUUUCCUGAUUAUUAUUAUUAUUAUUUUUUCAAAGCAUCUUCAUGCUGCUUCCAUUUGAUAGGAAUAUUUUUUGUCAGCAUGCAUUUUGGGUUUUCUAGUUACCAUAAAUCAAAUUUACCUUAUGUAUAAAAGAAGAAAAAGUUUACAUAAUACUGUAAAAUGUAUAAUAUGUACAUAAUCUUCAGAAUACAAUUAUUUUGGUAAAUUGGUCUGUAUUUUUAAUGUCACUGUUGCAGUAUUUAAUUAUUUGAGGCAUAAUAAAAACUUGACUGCAGUCAAUAAAGCUAGGACGUGGGGUACCAA